AUCCAGAUUGUUAGAGGAAGAGCAGGGGGUGAGGCUUUUCAGCCUUUGCUUUCCUUCUUCUCCUCUGAAUCUGUUGCAUCGCUUUUGGAGAAUGUUCAGUUUCCCCUGAAUGUUAAAGAGACCAUCUUUCUAGUACUCAAUCUGGUAAGCUUGCUCUAUAUAGUCUGCUGCAUCUCUAGAAUGAGGGCUGAGAUUUCUAGACGGGCUGAUGAGAUCCCUGACUCAGGAAUAGACCCAGGUGUGGAAAAUCCUAAGUGGUGUGGGAAAUGGGAGAAUAUGGGCCAAAUCCUGAAGGAAUUCUCUGACCCUAUAGUCUGGGACUUUCCCCAUGAACAAAUUCAUAACCCAGUUGAGGUGGGGAAAUAUCUGAAAGAGUAGUACCAGGAUGACCCUAAAGAGAAAAAGAUCAUUGCAGUGAGCUGGGCCUUGGCAUAUGCUUAUCGCACAUUGCUAGAUACGGUUGGCCAGCAGACAGAGGCAGCGGGGCAGGGAGACAAAACAGCCAAGCUAGAUAGUGAGCCUAAGCCAGCAGCUAAACCAAUGGCUGUAGCUACCAGGACUAGAAGUGGGAAAUGCACGGGCAAGACCAAUCGACCAGUGGAUGAUGAGGAUGCAGGAGAAGGACCUUCAGCACCUCCUGAUGUAAAAUCAGAAGUCAAAGCAGCAGGGGCCAGACCAGAAGCCCAUAUGGAGUCCUUUUCCCUGAAAGACCUCCGUGGCCUAAGGAAGGAUUACACCCGGCGACCCGAUGAAUCCAUAAUUAGUUGGUUAGUCCGUCUCUGGGAUGCUGCAGGCGAGGCCACAAUUCUGGAUGGCACUGAAGCCAGGCAUUUGGGAUCCCUGUCACAUGAUCCUGUCAUCAACCAAGGAAUGAUGAGGGGGGUUAAUCCUCACAGCCUCUGGGCACGGGUCUUGGACAGUGGUGCACAAAGAUACCUGUGUGCAGAUGAUCUUUAUAUGCAGCAGACUCAGUGGAAGACCAUAGAGCAAGGGAUCCAACGCUUGAGAGAAAUGGCAGUGGCAGAGAUUAUCUUCUCAGAUGACGUAACAACUAGGAACCCAGACUUGGUACCCUGCACGUCUGUGAUGUGGCGGAAACUUGUACAACUCGGGCCACACGAAUAUGCUUCUGCCUUAGCCAUAAUGAAGCGGGAUGAGAGGGAUGAGACCGUGCUGGAUAUGGCGAAGAAGCUCCGAGCAUAUGCAGACGUUGUGCAUGGCCCAACACAUGCCAGGAUCGCAGCAGUGGAAACACAUCUGCAGAAGUUAGAGGAUAAGAUAGAGGAGAAUCACAAGAAGCUCAGGGAGGAGAUUAAGGAAGACCUUCUCCAAAUCUCAGCAGUACAGAUCAGACGUCCUAGUGCCCAAUACAGAAAUUCCCCAGAUGAAAAGAGAAGGUACACCCCACGAGCUGAGCUGUGGUUCUUCCUGCGUGAUAGUGGAGAGAACAUGAGGAGAUGGGAUGGGAAAUCUACUGCUGCUCUGGCACGACGGGUACGUGAAUUGAAGGAAGGCAGGACUCAGAGAGGGAGUUCCACCAAGAGGGAAGCAGCUCCAGUUGCCCAUAGCCGAACUGCCAGAUAUGAUGAUGAUAUGUCUGAUCCCCUUGAAGGAACAUCCAAGACAUAUGCCCAGGGAAAGAAGGAUGACCAGGCUUAGAGGGGCCCUGCCUCUAGCCAGGUAGAGGCUAGGGAAAACCGUGUUUUUUGGACUGUGUGGAUUCGUUGGCCUGGCACGUCGGAACCACAAGAAUAUAAAGCUUUGGUUGACACUGGUGCGCAGUGCACAUUAAUCCCAUUGAGACAUGUAGGGACGGAGUCUGUUUCUAUUGCGGGUGUGACAGGGGGAUCCCAGGAUUUCACCUUGGUGGAAGCGGAUGUGAGCCUGACGGGAAAUGAGUGGAAGAAACACCCUAUUGUGACUGGCCCAGAGGCCCCAUGUAUUUUGGGCAUAGAUUACCUUUGAAGUGGGUAUUUCAAGGACCCAAAAGGACUCAGGUGGGCAUUUGGGAUAGCAGCUGUAGUGACUGAGGGCAUCCAGCAAUUGAAUACUUUGCCUGGACUGUCCGAAAAUCCAUCUGCAGUAGGACUUCUAAAGGGAGAAGAGCAACAGGUGCCAAUUGCCACUUCCACAGUGCAUCGACGGCAGUAUAGAACCACUCGAGAUGCUGUGAUCCCCAUCCAUAAGAUGAUUCGAGAGCUCGAGAGCCAAGGGGUGGUCAGCAAGACCCACUCACCCUUAAACAGCCCCAUCUGGCCUGUGCGUAAAUCUGAGGGGGAAUGGAGAUUGACGGUGGACUACCGUGCAUUGAAAGAAGUGACUCCACCACUGAGCGCUGCUGUGCCAGACAUAUUAGAGCUCCAGUACGAGCUAGAGUCCAAGGCAGCAAAGUGGUAUGCCACUAUUGCUAUUGCCAAUGCAUUUUUCUCCAUUCCUCUGGCAGCAGAAUGCAGGCCUCAGUUUGCUUUCACCUGGAGGGGAGUGCAGUAUACCUGGAACCGACUGCCCCAGGGGUGGAAACACAGUCCCACCAUCUGCCAUGGACUGAUCCAGACCGCACUGGAAAAGGGUGAAGCUCCAGAACACCUCCAGUAUAUUGAUGACAUCAUUGUGUGGGGGAACACAGCUGCAGAAGUGUUUGAGAAAGGGAAGAAAAUCAUCCAAAUCCUCCUGGGAGCUGGUUUCGCCAUUAAAAAGAGCAAAGUAAAGGGACCUGCUCGUGAGAUUCAGUUCCUAGGAGUGAAGUGGCAGGAUGGACGGCGUCAGAUCCCUACAGAUGUCAUUAACAAGAUCACAGCUAUGUCCCCACCGACCAAUAAGAAGGAAACGCAAGCUUUCCUAGGUGCCAUAGGCUUUUGGAGAAUGCACAUUCCUGAGUACAGUCAGAUCGUGAGCCCUCUUUACCUGGUCACCCGCAAGAAGAACAAUUUCCACUGGGGCCCUGAGCAACAACAAGCUUUUGCCCAGAUCAAGCAGGAGAUUGCUCAUGCAGUAGCCCUUGGUCCAGUCAGGACAGGACCAGAUGUGAAGAACAUGCUCUACUCUGCAGCCGGGAACCAUGGCUUGUCCUGGAGCCUUUGGCAGAAGGUGCCUGGGGAGACUCGGGGUCGGCCACUAGGAUUUUGGAGUCGAAGCUACAGAGGCUCUGAAGCCAAUUAUACUCCAACGGAGAAAGAAAUCUUGGCUGCCUAUGAAGGAGUCCAAGCUGCCUCAGAGGUGGUUGGCACGGAAGCACAACUCCUCCUGGCACCCCGACUGCCGGUGCUGGGGUGGAUGUUCAAAGGCAAGGUUCCUUCCACUCAUCAUGCCACUGACACUACAUGGAGCAAGUGGAUUGCCCUUAUCACUCAGCGCGCCCAUAUAGGUAAACUGAAUCGCUCUGGGAUUUUGGAGGUGAUUACAACAUGGCCCGAAGGUGAGAAUUUCGGUGUCACAGAUGAAGAACCAGAACCAGUGACAUGGGCUGAAGAGGCUCCUCCAUAUAACCAGCUGCCACCAGAGGAAACACGCUACGCUCUUUUCACGGACGGUUCCUGUCGCAUCGUAGGGAUGAACCGGAAGUGGAAAGCAGCCGUAUGGAGCCCCACACGACAGGUCGCUCAAGCUACCGAAGGAGAAGGUGGAUCGAGCCAACUCGCUGAACUCAAAGCUGUUCAGCUGGCCCUGGACAUUGCUGAGAGAGAGAAAUGGCCAAGGCUCUACCUUUACACUGAUUCAUGGAUGGUAGCUAAUGCUCUGUGGGAAUGGCUGGACAGGUGGAGAGAGGCCAAUUGGCAGCGUAGGGGAAAACCAAUUUGGGCUGCUAAUGAGUGGAAAGACAUUGCUGCUAGGGUAGGGAAGCUACCUGUCAAGGUCCGCCAUGUAGACGCCCAUGUCCCCAAGAGUAGAGCCAAUGAGGAGCACCAACACAAUGAGCAAGUAGACCAGGCUGCAAAGAUAGGGGUGUCAAAGAUAGACCUAGAUUAGGAACACAAGGGAGAGUUAUUCCUAGCUCGGUGGGCCCAUGAUGCCUCAGGCCAUCAGGGCAGGGAUGCCACCUAUAAGUGGGCACGAGACCGAGGGGUGGAUCUAACCAUGGACAGUAUUUCUCAGGUUAUCCAUGACUGUGAGACGUGUGCUGCCAUCAAACAGGCCAAGCGAGUGAAGCCCCUGUGGUAUGGUGGGCGGUGGUCCAAGUACAAGUAUGGGGAGGCCUGGCAGAUUGACUACAUCACACUGCCCCAGACACGCCAAGGCAAGCGCUACGUGCUGACCAUGGUAGAAGCCACCACUGGAUGGUUGGAAACCUACCCUGUGUCUCAUGCCACUGCCCGUAACACCAUCCUAGGCCUUGAAAAGCAGGUCCUUUGGAGGCACGGUACCCCUGAGAGGAUUGAGUCAGACAAUGGGACUCAUUUCAAGAACAGCCUUAUCAACACCUGGGCUAGGGAUCAUGGCAUUGAGUGGGUGUACCAUAUCCCCUACCAUGCACCAGCUGCAGGGAAGGUAGAGAGGUACAAUGGACUACUAAAAACCCAGCUGAAAGCCUUGGGUGGGGGAUCCUUCAAAAAUUGGGAGCAGCACUUAGCAAAGGCUACCUGGUUAGUUAACACUCGAGGUUCCACUAACCGAGCAGGUCCUGCCCAGUCUGAGUCCCUGAAUAUAAUAGAUGGAGAUAAAGUCCCAGUGGUACAUGUCAGAGGUUUGUUAGGGAGGACAGUGUGGAUCAAUUCUGCCUCAAGUACAGACAAACCCAUCCGUGGGGUUGUCUUUGCUCAGGGACCAGGAUGCACAUGGUGGGUGAUGCAGAGAGAUGGAACAACACGAUGUGUACCUCAGGGAGAUCUGAUUGUGGGGUGAGAAUGAAAUUGUUUGACGAUAUGGGGAUAAGGGGUGGAAUGUCCUAGGGUGACUGUUAUCCCCAUUCGUGUGUAUGUAAUUUAUGCUGGGUAUUAUGUGUUGUGCCUUUAAGACUGGCAGAGUGAGAGUUUUGUUUUGGGCCUCUUAUCAGACACUCGGCGGGACAUACAGAUAGCACCAGUGCAUGUUGCUGCUUUUUUGCUUUUUGCCCUGCUUUUUGCUUUCGCUCUGGCUUCUGCUUCGCUUCUGCUCUGCUUGCUCUUACUUUUUUCCCCCCUUCUCAUUAGUUACUUUAGCUAAACAGUCCAAAUUCCUUUCUGGACUGUUCCCCCCACCCCGUUGGACCUGCUGACUGCUCCGGACUGGGAUUCAGAACACCGAGAGAGAGGUUACACCUUGUGACUGCAGCAGCUGCCUCAGCGCCGGAGGGACUGAUAACAGCCAACCCCCAGGAGAGACUUUUCUGAAUUUGUCAUCUUUCUCAGAGCAGUGGAAGAGUGGUGUCAUCCAUUACUUUAGCUAAACAGUCCAAAUUCCUUUAUGGACUGUCUCCCCACCCCGUUAGACCUGCUAACUGCUCCAGACUAGGAUUUAGAACACAGAGAGAGAGUUUACACCUUGUGACUGCAGCAGCUGCCUCAGCACCGGAGGGACUGAUAACAGAGCAAACCCCCAAGAGAGACUUUUCUGAAUUUGUCAUCUUUUUCAGAGCAGUGGAAGAGUGGUGUCAUCCGAUGCUGGCAUUUGAUGGGUACCUGCUCAGUGUGUGUGACCUGCUCUACGCUCUGCUCUGGACCGCAACCAACAACACCUCUCUGACAGCCUCUCAGCAGAUGCCAUAAAACAGUAACCAGAACAACCUUCUGCACCAGCUGGAUGGAAAUCUGAUACCUUUGGAAUGACAAGUCACCUGUGACUUCACCUGGACCUCAAAAGUUAGAUACUUUAAGGACAUUACUAGCAAAAGGAAAUGAUACCUCUUAUAGUUUUAAAUGCUGCCUCUUAUAGUUUUAAAGUUGGUUUGUUUGUAACGUUCAAGUUGUAAGUUUUAAGUUUCAAGUAAUUAGCCUGUGGCAUGCCACCCAAUAGAAUUGUGCUUUUGAUAGCUCCUGGACAUGAUCGUAAAAAUUUUGAUAGGACACACCAAUAGCUAGAAAGAUUAGGCUUGUCAAGUCAUCCUGGAUUGGCUAUAUGAUGCUUGUAUUCCCAACUGUCUUUUCUGUUUAUGCUAGAUAAUAACUUUUGCACCUUUAAGACUGGUUCUGAGAGCAAUCGGGGGAGAGAGAAGAAGCGCGGAGUUUGUUAUCAAAAACUGCACUUGCUCCCCCGCAUCCUUCUACUGGAUUGUAUUGUCUGCACCACAGACAGACAGCAGGAGAGAGCUCUCCUUUACUUUUAGUUAGUUUUAGCUAGCUAAAGCAGAAACAUUCCCUAGACUAUUUUUUUCUUUUUCUUAGAACUGUUUAAACCUUCUCUGGACUAAAACCCAGAAGAGCACCAGCAGCUCAUACCUCUGUCCCACCAGGCUGGGCCUAGGCUGCAGCAUUUCCAGUGCCGGAGAGACUAAUAAGAGACUAAGUCAAGCUAUGGCCCACAAAGGGGACUUUCUAAGUUUGUAAUUUCUUCAGAGUAGCGAGAGGUUUUAUUGUUUCACAUUGUUAAUUUUUUUUUUUUUUUGUGCCGGUAAAAGCUUUACCUGUUAAAUAAACAGUUUUUUUCCACUUUUC